AUGAACCAUGUCGAGUCGCUUCAACACAAGACGCCAUUUAAGGGAGCAGCAAUCCCAUACCGGCCCAAAGUCUCCUCUUGUCAGUCUUCGGGAUCGGCUGUGCUUUUUUCUAGCGGCAGCGAAACGCCUCCUGGCCCCAUUCUUAGCCAAGCAAGUGGCAGAAGCACCUGUCUUGAUGCCAAUUCUGAAGUCGGCCACAGUGGCAGCGGCAUUAUCUGCCCUACUUCCGCUGGCCAAAGUGGCUUGCUAAUUCAGUGCGCUAGCCAGCAUAGUGCGUCCACUCUUAGGCCGAUCUCGCCUAUUGGUCUCCAACCAGGCCCGGCUGAAACUUCGGCUGCUGCCUGUGCAACCCUUUUUCACUCUAUCCCAUUGCCUUCAGUAUCUCCGCCACUGCUCGCG